AUGGCGCCCAAAAUUUUCGAAAGAUUCUUCAAACGAGAGAAAAAGAGAAAUGACCGCGAUCGACCGUCGGCAAGUUGGCCUACAGCAAUAGGAAUUUCAGACUUAACGUGUGAAAUCAAGGGAGACCGAUUUAAUGGAUGGAAACUACCAAUUCCAGCUCCGGGAGAAAGACACGCGCUGACCAACAUGCGAGUGGAUUCUUUGGACUACCCCCCCGAAGUGAGAAGGAGAAUAUACAUUGAAUUGAUGGGGAAUCGACGCGUACAUAUCGAAUAUGCGUGGAUGCUGCAGUCUCCCUUUGAACCGCCAACGAAACGGGGAGGCAAACGCUGGGACUGGUGGCAUAGUGUUUGUCAGGAGAAUGACUCUUUUGUUCAAGAUACUUACCUUGAAUCGUGUCCCGACCGCGGCGACGAGAGGUGGAAUGCGAGGCAGAAGGGGGUGUCAGUGAGACCAACGCCCGGGACAAAAUUCGAGGGUGUUGAGUGGCUGAGGUGCUGUCAAAUUGGGUAUGUUGUCUUGGUCGGGCUGGGCUUGGCAAUUCAAGUUUAUUGUACUGACUACAUUGAAAUCAGGUACGAAGAAGCGCUGCAAGUUCUUUAUGGAACAAAUGUUUUCGUCCCACGAGAAGGGAUCGACUCACCAUUCAUCUUGUCAAGAAUGUUGUCACCCAUUUGCAUGCGACUUAUUAAGUCCCUGGAUAUUACAAUUGGAUUUCACUCUUGGCUUGGUAGUAGCCAACACGCACAGGCCUGGGAAACAGUUUACCCUGCUCUCUUCAGGCUUCUUGAGAAUGAAUUUUCCUCCGUGCAGUCGCUUCGACUGACAAUUCACUUCCUCAAUUGGAAAAGAGCGAAGGAUGCUAUGACCGAGGAGAAAUUGAAUGAGAUAAUGGGACCUUGGGAUCGUCUCGCCACGGGCCGAGAGUGGAAGUUCUUGCAAUUAUGCGUGCCCUUUGAUUGGCAACUUGCAAUAAAGCCGAGAGCCGAGGCUCAGAGUAUAUGGGAGCUUAAGCACACGGAAUGGUAUCAUAGAUUAACCUUCACUGAAUGUACAUGA